AUUAGGUCAUUUCCGCGGUGGAAACAAUGGUGGAACGCAGAGAUUUGUAAGGAAAGCCAACAUUACACCCGUCCCUAAUACAUUCGAUUUAGUUUUAAAUAGUGCCACUAUUGCGCCCAAUCAUGGCCAAUAAUAAUAUCAUCUUUACACCCUUUUUACCACUUAAGAAGAAACCCGAUCGAGAUUCUGAGUGGAGAAAAUUAAAGGACAAAUCCAGAAAUCGGAUUAAUAUCGGAGAAGCUUUUACCAGAUGGAGGAACCUCAAGGAGGAGAAAUCUAUGCCUACAGAUGCCGAAGUGGCUUUGUUUUUGCUUGACAGGUUAGCUGCCCCCCCUCCACAACCUGCUGCCCUCCCUCUCUCCCCCGACGAUAUCAUUGUGAACAUUGAAUGCCUGCUGCAGCUGUUUCAGCGGUGUGAGCAGUGCAGGCGUGAGAGUGUGAUCCAGACGCAGGGAGACAGGAUGUGCCUCUCUGUGACCCAACACUGCCAGAGCUGCAACCACCGCAGGACAUGGGCAAGCAACGCAUCUACUGUCCAGACAAUGCACAAAGGAAAUGGAGAAGAGCCACAGAAUAUUCAGGUUGACAUGCAGGUGGCCCUGCCGUCUGAGGACACAGAUGGAUCCUUGCCAUCUGUGAACCGAGAUGGAGACUUGCCAUCGGAGAACAGAGAUGAGGCUCUGGAUCUGACUGGCUCUUUGGAGAUGGAGGUGACUGUAGACCAGCCACCAAGACCAGGGGGAAGUGGCACGUCCCUGGUGAAGGGAAAAAAUGAGGGGAACAAAGGAACAGAGCAGAGAAAGAAAGUGACUAAGGUGGUGUUGGACAGUGAGAUGGACAGUGCACGAAGCCAGGAGGACAAUGGCCUGUCCUCGCAGGAGAAUGAGGAAGGAGAGGAGAGAAAGGGAAAGGGAAAGCCCCUAGGUGGUGAACAACAGGAGAAUGGUGCUGAGCAGCGGGCCUCUAUUGAGGUGACAAUAUACUCUAUAGAGCUUGAGGACUCUGAAAGCCCAACCUCUCAGAUAGACAAAGAAGAGAAGAAGCAGGUGGCUGCAGAUGGGUUUGAGGUGGAGGGUGAUGUGUGUGAGAUGGAGGGUGAAGAGACAGAUGAGGAAGAUAGACAGACAGAGAGUGACUCUGAAUUUGACCCAGAAGAUGAGGAAGAGGGACUGAGAGAGAGUGACUCUGAAUUUGACCCAGAAGAGGAGAAAUCAACGAGUAGUAGAGGGAGAGGGAGAGGCAGGGGAAGAGGCAGGGGAAGAGGCAGGGGAAGAGGUAGGGGAAGGGGUAGUGGGAAAGGGAGAAGCAGAGGAAGGCAAUUGCAGCAGCCUACAGGGGCAACUGGUUUGGAUGAGUCUGCUGAAGACUCUGAUGGAUCACCUUUAUCAUCACCCCAGAGAGACCAGCAGGACCAGGAGUCGUUCAGCGGUGUCGCUGGAGAACUGGGCUCCGGGGACAGUGCCAGCAUCCGGCAGAAAUUCAAAUACUCUAAAAAACACCACAUGGUCCUCUGUCCUGAAUGUGGCGUCCUGUACACCACCAGGCUGAAACACCAUAAGUGUGAACACAAGUUCAUGGUCCGCUGUCCAGACUGUGGCCAGGGUUGUGCGAGUGAACUGGGCCUCAAGCAGCACCGGAGGCUUCACCGUCAGGACCUUAAGUUUCCCUGUAAGUUCUGCCUCCAAUCCUUCAGGACGCGGCCGGACAAGCUGACCCACGAGAAGACCCACAGAUUCAAAAGAUUAAAAGGUCACAGAUGCUACAGCUGCUCAGAGUGCCCACUGAGCUUUGACAACAUCCUCAUACGGAAUCGCCAUCUCAGAGAGCACGAGUCCAAGAGACACAUCUGUCACACAUGUUACAAGGAAUUCAACAAAGGUCACCUCCUGGAGAGGCACGCGCUGUCCCACAGUGACGACAAGCCCUUCAAGUGCCAGGUGUGCCAGCGUGCCUUUGCCCAGCUCAGCCAGCUGAAGUCCCACCUGCGCGUCCACACUGGGGAGAGGCCCUUCCAAUGCCAGCGCUGCGACAAGAGCUUCAAUCACAACGUCAGCCUCAAGAACCACGUCAGACGCUACCACAGCCCAGACUCAGGGCUGGACCCUGAUGGAGGCACAGAAGUUGGGGGACAGGGGGGGAGGAGGGAAACAGAUGGCAGGACUGGGCAGGAGGGAGGGGAGGUUGGACAGAGGAAGCCUCGGCAGCAGGUAGAGCUUACCUUUAUGACUGAGUGGGAGAUGUGGGCAGGAGGAGAGGGAGCAAAGAGAGUGGAGGAGAAACAGAGGAAGACGAAACGCCAGUGCAAUGAUGAUCCUGAAGAGGAGGAGGAGAGACAGCGAGAGAGUGACUCUGACUUUGACCCAGAGGAAGAGAAGAAGAUGGGGGGGAGUAGUAAAGGGAGGGGGCCAGGGAGAGGAGGUGGGAGAGGAAGUGGAGGGAGUCACUAGCAGAGGCCUACAGGAGAGACUUCUGCAGGCACUGAUGUUGGAGAGAUGGGGGGACAGAGAGACAAAGGCUGUAUUCAUUAGUGCACACUGUAGCAAAACAUUUUGUAACUGAAAAUGAAAACAAGCGUUUGUUAUUGGACAAGUUCAGGCACUGCCUCGCCGUUUUGGCCCGUUUGCUUUUGAUUUGUUCUUAGUGAAUAUGACUUUAAAAAAGAAACAUUUAUUUAACUAGGCAAGUCAGUUAAGAACAAAUUCUUAUUUACAAUGACGGCCUACCCCAGCCAAACCCUAACAACACUGUGGGACUCCCAAUCAUAGCCGGUUGUGAUACAGCCUGGAAUCGAACCAGGGUCUAUAGUGACACCUCUAGCACUGAGAUGCAGUGCCUUAGACCGCUGCUUCACUCGGGAGCCCCAAGACUAAGAGCAGGAAACAUCUCCUGGCACUAGAAUUUGUUAUCCUCGUGUUCUGUCUUUAAACUUAGAACUUUUCCGGAUUCCCAGAACCUGAUUGACAAUUGCAUCAUCUGUAUCUGGGUAUAUAUAUAUAUAUAUAUAUAUAUAUAUAUAUAUAUAUAUAUAUAUAUAUAUAUAUAUAUAUAUAUAUAUUAAUAUAAUAUAGCACAGUUCUGGUAAAAACAAUGUUCAUUAAAUGCAUUGGGUUACCUUAAAAUGAAGCUGGUUGAGAGAAUGCUAAGAGUGCAAAGCUGUCAUCAAGGCAAAUAGUGGCUACUUUGAAGAAUCUAAAAUAUAUUUAGAUUUAUUACUCUUUUUUUGGUUACUACAUGAUUCCAUAUGUGUUAUUUCAUAGUUUUGAUGUCUUCACUAUUAUUCUACAAUGUAGAAAAUAGUGCAAAUAAAGAAAAACCCUUGAAUUAGAAGUUGUCCCAACUUUUCAAUGGUACUGUACAGUAUCAGUCAAAAGUUUGGACACACCUACACAGUUAUGGUUCAACACAUUGCACAUUAAAUGUGUAACGUUGCCCUAAAA